AAUCUGGGGGACACCCAGUCGGCACUAUGUCGCGACACCCAGUGCUGGCACUAUGUUCUUUGCGCUCAUGUGUAUUCUUCCGCUGGCUUGUUUAGAAGCAUGACCGCCGGGAUUGGAGAUGAAUUGGUCUUACUCAUCCGAUGUAUAUAACUACGGGCCAUGCGGUGGUCGACGUAUUACGACCAGAUCACCUCGACAACUUCGUACCUCGAGGGUGAGGGCUGACAUCUCCAGACUGAGACCUGACCUGUUCAUCAUAUUUUCCUCUGUGCACUUUGACUUACAAAGUAUAUUUAUUCCUUUGUAUAAAGAACACAGAAUUUGUAGUCCAUCGUUUCUGGGGAAAAGAACAGGAAGGAAAAAAAGACAACGAGACUUAUUGAGAGAGAGAGAGCGAGAAAGCAUCAAGGCCAGGUGUGACUAACCCUCAACAAUGAAGAUGCAGUGGCUGCACGUGACUACAGUCCUUUCCUGCUUCCUAGCAAUUUUCAUCAAACAAUCCCAAGGUGGCGCUGAAUGCCAGGAGAAAGUAGCAGACAUCGUCUUUCUUCUGGACUCCUCCGUCAGCCUCUGGCUGAGAGAGUUCGGAGCCCAGCUGGCCUUUGUUCAGGAUAUCGUCCACUCCUUCACCAUCGGGCCCAACAACAUCCGCGUGGGCGUCGUCACCUUCAGCUCGGACGUCAGGCUGGACAUUCGAUUGAACCAAUACAUGGACAAGAAGGACCUGCGACUCGCUGUCAGCAAGAUCACCGAAUGGAGAGUGGCACACGCACCGGGGGAUGCUAUUCAUUUCGUCCACACAUCUAUGUUCCAGCCGGAGAACGGAGGACGUCCAUGGGCAGCUCACAUCUUGGUGUUGAUCACGGACGGCUACUCUUACGAACCCAACAAGACUCAGCACGAGGCGGCCGUGGCCAGGGACAAGGGCAUCGAGAUCUUUGCCAUCGGUGUCAAGGAGGCUGCGUAUGAGGGCCACACUGAGUUGUACGGAAUCGCCAGCGAGCCCAAGGACAUGCACGUCUUCAACGUGGACCAGUACGAGAAGCUGAGCAACAUCGAGGAGGCUGUAUCGACAAGAGCUUGUCAACACCAAGGUAAUUGGACUCGACCAGAGACAGGUGACGAGGAACAAACCAACCCGAAGACUACUGCCGAAAAACGGUGUGGCGGCAAGCCAGCGGACGUCUACAUCAUGCUGGACAGCUCCAACAGCAUCGAGAGGGUGCAGUUUACCGAGCAGCUGCACUUCGUUGCGCAGCUCCUCCAUCUCUUUGAUCUGGACGCCGACCGCACGCGAGUGGGCGUGGCUCUCUUCAGCGAUGACGUCAAGGAGGUCGUCGCCCUGCAAAGUGACACACUGGAUGAAAUCAAGGCUGUGUUGAAAGACACCUUCUUCCUGUCAGGUGGCACCAACACCAGUGGCGCUUUGGAGCACCUCAGGACACGGGUGUUUCCAGCUGCCCGCCGCGAGGUGGCGCACGUGGCCAUCAUUCUGACCGACGGCCAAUCAAAGAACUCGACACUCACGGCUGAGGAAGCGAAAAAGCUACGUGAGAUGGGUGUGUAUGUGUUCGCCGUCGGCAUUGGAGCGCAGACCGACGUCACUGAGUUGAUGGACAUCGCCAGCGACCCUAACGAGAACUUUGUCUUCCAUGUCGACAACUUUGCGAGCUUAAGGAACAUUCGAGAGCUCUUAGCCAUCAAAGCUUGUGACGUUGGUCCGUCAGAGGAUGCCGGUGACCAGUCAGAACACAACUGUGUUUCCGAACCCACUGACGUUGUCUUCGUCUACGACUCAGCUGCUGUGAAUAUGGUGGAAAGUGACAUCAUAUCCGGUUUCAUAUCUGAUUUUGUGCAAAAUAUAGAAAAUGACGACGUUGUGAGAUACGGUCUGGUGCGGGAAAAUUGCUACAAGGGAGACAACAUCAAUCUCCAGACGGGUGCUAAUGCACAGGCCAUAGAGGAUUUCCUUCAAGAACCUCAUCAGAACGGCCUGUCAGUGCUUCUCCAGCGCGUUCGUCUGCGUGGCUUCCUCAACGUGUAUGACGACACGCGAGCGAGGGCUCAGAAACUCCUCGUGCUCUUUGUGGGCCCCAAGCUUCAGAAGAUUUCCGAGGUGGAGAAAGAAAUAAAAAGACUUCAGUUUCAGGGUGUCCGUCUGCUGGUGGUGGCUGUGGGUUCAGACAAAGACGUGAAGGUGCUGCAGCCACUACAGGACUUGGCCAGCGCCCCUCUGGUGUGGGCCAGCGACUACGACAGUUUGUCCACACUGACAGGACAGCUAGUCAACCGGUUCUGCGAGGUUGCCAGGCAACGACCAGUUGCUGUUUAGUCACAAUAGAUACUGAGAGAAUCUAACUUUUUCCUGCUUAAUUUUAACUUUCUCUGUCCCCUCUGGUUUUUAAAAUAUUUUUAAAAUAUCGACAAUUUGCUUGCGUAUGCAUUAAACUUCAUUAAUUAUUUACAAGGAAGCAAACACACUCAAGCACAAACAUAGAUGUUGAGAUAUACAAUCAUCUUUAGUGUUAUUUGGAUGAAAUUUGCCUUCAUUUUCUUGUCUAGUACAGCUGAGUUUCCUCUCUUACGAAGCCAAAAAAAAAAAAAAAAUCGAAAUAUUUUUCCUCUGUAUGCUCAUUCUUGUUUAUAUUUUUGUGAAGCGGGUCAGGGAACUGCGCAACCCGACUGCAAAACCAAAAACUUUAAAGAGCUUUAAUAUGGGUAUAUGUGCAAUGUUAUUGAAAGUAUUUUGCAACUUACCUUGAUUCCUUUGACUGGUUGUGAAGUGUACAGAUUGAUAAAUACUUUCCUGCGGUUUAUUUACUGCAUGCUUGAUCUACUGUUUUUAAAUAUGCUCAAAAGCAUUGAAACCAAACAGAAUAUCUUUUCACUCUAAUGUGUGGGGCUACUUUAAGAGUGUUUAAUUUUAAAAUUAUUUUACACUCGUGUUGAAGUGGACCCCAUCUGAACACAUACUCACACGGACUGUGAAGUUUCUUGUACGAUGUCAGUGAAAAUGGGAAUAAAUGAAUGGACAGGUAAUGAAAAGAAGAAUCGCCUCAGUCCUAGACGACAAGAACUGGAAUGAUAGAGAUCACAAAUGAAAGAAAGAGAGAGAAGCAGAGAAGUGUAAACUCACUUCUCAAACAACAGCUGAGAGAAGGACGUAGAAGAAUGGGGAAAGUAAAGACAGGCUGGAGGGUAUGAACUGUGAUUACAAGACCAAAUCUUGUAGUGAAAAGUAUUUGGACACACAAUAAGCUCACUCUGUGAUAAUAAAACUGUGUCCAUGGACGCUGUCAUCGUUACCAUUUGUCUGAACAUGUCUGUGUUUAUGUGGCAAUCUGCUGACUUUGGAUUCAAAAUGUAUAUUCUUCUGCGAUGUAUUUACCUUUGUUAAAUAUCUAAAUUACUCGUAACACUUUUUAAAAAGCAUGAAUUUCCUGUGAUUGACGAAGUAUAUUAUGACACUUCGUUCGCUUAUAUGAGUAUUAAAUGUUUUUCACUUUU